UCUUCUACACAACAUUUGUUCCAACCUACACUUGAGCAGAAGGGCCCAGAGGGCAAGGAGGCACCAACGAGCAUCAGCCAGACAGCAAGCAUGGUAUCGGUUGGACUCCAGUUGGUGGGCUACAUUUUGGGGCUGCUGGGCACGCUGGGCACCCUGAUAGCGACCCUGCUGCCCAACUGGCGGAUCAGCUCCUACAUUGGCUCCAGCAUCGUCACCGCUGUUGGCUUCUCAAAAGGACUCUGGAUGGAGUGUGCAAUCUACAGCACAGGGAUCACGCAGUGUGACAUCUACAACUCUCUGCUCAGCCUGCCCACUGAUCUCCAGGUGGCCCAAGCCCUGAUGGCCACCUCCAUUGGUAUCGGUUUGCUGGCUGCCAUUGUCUCUGUGGUGGGGAUGAGAUGUACCGUCUUUUCUCAGAGCUCCCCAGCGAAGGACAAAGUGGCGAUUCUGGGAGGAGUCACUUUUGUCCUUGGGGCACUGCUCAGCUUCAUCCCUGUUGUGUGGAAUAUCCAUGUGAUCCUCCGUGACUUCUACAACCCACUUGUGCCCGACAGCAUGAAAUAUGAGAUUGGGGAAGCCUUGUACUUGGGCAUCCUGUCUUCCUUGAUCUCUUUCAUUGGCGGCGCCAUCCUCUGUGCCUCCUGCCCACCUCGUGACUCACAGGCAACCUGCUACAGUCCUCAUCAUUCUCAGACCAUGGCAGACAGGAGCUCCCUGCCACCUCUCACAUCUCCAAAGGCCAGUGCAUACAGCCAGACUGGUUAUGUGUAGCAGUUGCUGGCCACCCAUGGAAACCCUCACUAGAUGCACUGAAUAGGUAAGCAGAGAGACAGAUAGGUUUAUUCCUCUCACAACCCUCCUUUCAGCACUCCAGCCCUGUCUCUUCCCCAUGCAACUUGGCACUGCCGGAGAUGUCAUGUUGCUUGUCAACUGCCUGGCGGCUGCAGUUUCUUCAAGGCCCGUGGGGCUGUGUUUUCUCUGAAGACCUUCCUGUGACUAAAAGACCAAGCAAAGUGCCCAAUGACUGCAGAGCACAGGAGGAGUCCAUUCGGAGGAGUCACAGGUGCCCACCAGGCCUCUACUGAGCACCUUUCAAAUCCUGCCUCAUCCUGUCUCCCAUUCCAUACGAUUCAUCCCCAGAGUGGGAAACGGGACUUAAGAAUGGGGGGGCGGGGGGAGGACAUAGCUGAGUGAUAUGGGAAAACAAUCCCCAUUUCUGAGAGAAACCUGCAAGUCCUUGGUAAGGGAGUAAAAAAAACCCACCCCAAACUGUUGGAACCCAGAACAAGGGGAUUGAUGGCAGGACAAGGAUGCAUGGGGAUAUACUAGGGCCACUGAAACAUCCUGAGAGAUGACAAGACAGCCCCCACCCAUCCCUUGCCCUGCCUUCUGCCAGGGACAAAAGGAUGACAUUUAGCGUCUGGCUUUGAAGAGACCAAAAUGUGCCUGCUCUGUGGGUGGGUACAUGCUGGUCUUGGCAGAUGACAGAACUCGGUGGACAAGCCUGCUGCACCUACUCUGGGAUCAAAGGGCCGCUCCAUCCGCCCGCCCACCCACUUCCAGUACUCCAAGCUUGAGAAGCUUUUGGGCUUACAGUGGCUCAGUGGUUUCACUGGCCAAGAAAGAAUUCCUGCUCAAGCAGGGAAUGGACUAGAAGACGUCGAAGGUCCCUCCCAACCCUCUCAUUCUAUGUGCUAUAAAGGCAAAGGAGAGAGGCGAGGCCGUAGGGCUUAACUGUGUCUGGGAAAGACGACUCUCCAACCCCAAGAAAGACCAAUUUCUUCCAGCCUGGGAACCAAGGAAAUAAAACUAUGGGGAUGACCCUGUGCUGGCCCAGCCCAAAGAACUAAGGCCAGCAAAAUAUGCCCAGGGCUGACCAGUUGUUCUGCCUCCUGCUCCAGAGCAAUGUAUUGGCGCCAGCAUCUGUUUGUCUGUUGGUCUAUUUAGCAAUAUCCUAGAAUAGGGAUUUUAAAAAGUACAUGUGUUCCCAGAAGAUGAGUUAAUGCUGGGGGAAGAAAAAA